CCACCCCCGGGAGGGGCCGUACCGGCAGCCCCGCGGUGGGACGCGCCGCCGUUGGAGCGUUCGGCGGGCAGCGCGUUGCCGAGCGGGGCCAUGGCGAGCUACGCGCGGCUGGGUGCCGCGGCCAAGGUGCCCCUCCUGGGGCUGGGCACGUGGAAGGCCCCCCCAGGUAAGGUGGAAGCCGCAGUGAUGGCUGCCAUCGAUGUUGGGUACCGCCACUUUGACUGCGCCUACGUGUACCAGAAUGAGAAGGAAGUUGGGGAUGGGAUCCAGCAAAAAAUCAAGGAAGGUGCUGUGAAACGAGAUGACCUCUUCAUUGUCAGUAAGCUAUGGUGUACGUUUCAUGACAAACCUCUGGUGAAGGGAGCGUGCCAGAAGACUCUUGCUGACCUGAAGGUGGAUUACCUGGAUCUCUACCUCAUGCACUGGCCUUUUGGUUUGAAGGCAGGAGAGGAGUUGUUUCCCACAGAUGACAAAGGCAUGUCUAUACCCAGCAACACAGAUAUUCUACAGACAUGGGAGGCCAUGGAAGAACUGGUGGAUGCUGGUCUGGUAAAAGCCAUUGGAAUCUCCAACUUUAACCGUGAACAGACUGAAAGAAUCUUGAACAAGCCAGGACUGAAGCACAAGCCUGCAAAUAACCAGAUCGAGUGUCAUCCAUAUCUUUCCCAGGAGAAACUUAUCAACUAUUGCCAGUCCAAAGGGAUCACUGUGACAGCAUACUGUCCACUUGGACGCCCUGACAGGUCUAAGCCAGAUGCACCUUCCCUUCUGGAUGACCCCAAGAUCAAAGAGAUUGCAGCCAAGCACAACAAAACCCCAGCACAGGUUCUGCUUCGCUUCCAAAUCCAGAGAAAUGUAAUUGCAAUUCCCAAGUCUGUCACACCACAGCGCAUUGUGGAGAACUUCAAGGUGUUUGACUUUGAAUUGACUAAAGAGGAGAUGGCAACCCUUCUCAGCUUAAACAGAAACUGGAGGAUCUGUGAAAUGAUCACGUGCAAAAAUCACAAGGAGUACCCUUUCAAUGCAGAAUACUGAAGACGCUUUUAUCAUGCCCUCCUGCAGGCCUCUGAGGUCUGAUGAGCUUCUAUGACUGUCUGAAGUUGUCCACCAUGUAGCUUACACACUGUAUAGGAAUAACUAUGCCAGGAAAGGCAUAGUAUAUGUAUUCACUGACUGUGGGUUUUUCUUCUUUGGUGGAAGGAAGUAGUGAAAUAUAUGGGCUUAAAUAAUUCUCUGCUCAUUAAAUGAGUGUCUGCACAGCUGAAAUAGCAAAGCAGAAGACAUGAAGAAUGAAUUAACAACUGAUCUGUCUUGCAUCGGUUUUCAAGUCAUUACCACUUAAGGCUGCAGGUAAGGAUAUGUGAGCACAAAAGAGAGAUCCAUCCUGAAAGAAUGAACUGCAUAAUCACUGCCUAAGGAUAAAAGGGAACAAUUAACUUUACUUCUAGCUUUCCCAAAGCUUUCUGGGAAAGAAGAAUAAAUGGGAGAAAUGUCUAGACGUAUAGAUGCAUACCAACUCAUACUGGGCCUUAUUUUGCUCACGCUCUUUUAUAGGCUGAACCCAGACAGAAAUUAAUGUUCAAUUUUCUUUGUAUCCAAAAUAAAAAUUGCUCAGAUUA